AUGGCCGUCAAGGACGGACUACAAUCGCGCAUCUACCGAUACUUACUCAGACGUCAAUCUCGCCGCAUUGAAAGAGAGCGCAUUGCAGGUCUGCUCGCUAAACGCAGCCAGCACCUGGGGCCGUCUGGACGACUCGCCGCUACCCCUCAGCAUCAGCAGCGUACAGCCACAAUCAGCGAUGGGAGUAGUGCCGAGAGGCGAGUGCGAGUCAUAACAAGGCAGAAGAAAAUGUCCGCCAUGGGAAGCGACGAUGCGCAACCAGGGCAGGGCGAAAGAGGAUAUCGGCGAAGGAAAUUGGCAGAAAUGGCCGGAAGUCUGUAUCGUACCGGACAGCAGGCUGUCAGCGACAUGCGCGAAUCGUAUGUCCAGACACGAGCCAGAAUGGCCGACACAGAGGACGACAACCGCAGCAACAUGCACAUCCCCGGUGCGUUCCCCGACGCCGCCAUUACGGUACAGGGCGACGAGCACCUUGUGCUGUUCCCUUCGUAUGCGAAACGCCACACCAAACGCGAUUGGUCCACAGUCCAGGCACAGAAUCUGGCCCAAGAGCAAGAUGGCCCAAUACGUGACGAGGACUACUGGCGGCAAGAGUUUGAUAGACACGAAGACGAGCGAGCAAUCGCCGAUGUCGAUGUCAGAGGUUGGAUAUAUAAUCCGCACGUCGGUCCAAUGAGCAGACGGAACCGCAUUCUCAUUGGACUCGCGCGUCAACUCAGCGGCGUCCCCGCUCCCCGCGGCGAAGCGAACAGUACCGAUCCCACCACCGAUGCACCGCCAACCCAUCACCAGGUCCACGAAGAGCAGAGAGAGCAAGAAAAGAUUGAUCAAGAGGCCGCCAAUAUCGAACGGAAGGGUCGCCAGGAAAAGCAAAUAGCUGGUGCUGGAGGAUAUAGCGAAGACCCCUUCGGUGGCAGUUCUCUUCCGUCCGAACCCUUGUACUCGCGCCGAUCCCGUCGCCGAGGUAGCCAAACACCAGAGUCGGCACCAGCAAGUCCGCUGUUUGGUCCCAGACAGGCCAAUGUCAACGAGCUUUCCGAGGCCGAACUCGUCCUGGCCAAUGCCAAUCUCAUGGCUCGCAUCGCCCCAUUCAUGACUAACCCCCUCAUUGGCCUUCCGAUUACGAUAUUCUUCUACAACGAUACUCAGUCGCAAUCGCGGACUGUCCUGACCGAUGAUGCUGGUCACUUUAACAUUCGGGCAGCACUGGACUUUGUCCCUACGCACGUCAGAGUUCUGGGGAACGAAGACUUGUCUGCUACACAACAAGUCGCAAUUACAGAGCCAAUAGGCGUCAGUCUCAUCAGUGACAUUGAUGACACGGUCAAAAAGUCAAACAUUGCCAGCGGUGCGCGCGAAAUAUUUCGCAACACAUUUAUCCGCGAGCUUCGCGAUCUGACCGUGGAGGGCGUGCAAGAAUGGUACACGGACAUGCACAAGCAUGGUGUCAAGUUUCAUUACUGCUCAAAUAGUCCUUGGCAGCUGUUUCCGGUGCUUGCGAGCUUCUUCAAACUCGGCGGUCUGCCACCUGGCUCUCUCCAUCUCAAGCAGUACUCUGGCAUGUUGCAGGGCAUCUUUGAGCCGGUCGCUGAACGCAAAAAGGGUACCCUGACGAGGCUGCUUCGUGAUUUCCCUGACCGCAAGUUUUUACUGGUGGGAGACAGCGGAGAGGCCGACUUGGAAGUCUACACGGACCUGGCUGUUGCGAAUCCAGGCCGUAUCUUGGCCAUCUUUAUCCGUGAUGUCACCACGACAGAGCGUCCUGGCUACUUUGAUGCAUCUUACGAUUUAACGAGGAAGAGAUUUGGUAGCCUCGCAGUGGAUGACGGCAAGCCGCGUCUUAACUCUGCACCGGUUGUCUCUCCAAUCGAGGAGAAAUCCCCAGCGGGCCCUGCCAUGGGCACUCUGAUUGACUUUUCGGAGAAACCUGAGGACGCGAAAAUAGAUGACGCUGCUGGUCUCGCUCAAGUGCGCAACAAAAAGCCAGUAUCGGCAAUAGACAUGCUUAAUCGCAAGGCCCCACCGCCGCGCCCUGCCAAGCCGGCAGCGCUUCGAGGGGCCUCGUCGACGAUGAGCAAAAAAGACGCGGCGGGUUCGGGCACCGGCGGCGCUAGCGGUUAUGCUGCUGAAGUCCCUCCCCCGAAACCGCCACGCGUCAAGACCACGGAACCUAUAUUCUCCCGCCCCAAUCUGUCCAGACGCUCCUCGUCCAAGACGACGAGCGAAUUCGGGGACAAAACUGCACCCUCCUCACCCGACAUUGCACCGCCGCUUCCGCGACGCCGCGGGCCAGCGAGUUUGCGCAACCUGAGCCCGCGCCUAUUUAGCCAGAACCGCGUCAACUCGGAUGUCGACUUUGAGCCCCUGCCGCCGGCCGCUAACCCGGUGCCGGCUGCGGCGGGCCUUUCGUACUACCGGUCGGGCUCGCGAUCCGGCGCCGUGACGCCGUCGGGCUCGCCGACCAUUGGCGCGCAGGGCGGCGUCAACAAGAAGCAGGACAUGUGGCGGCGGCGUGUGGCAAGAGCGCACGAGCAGCUAGAACAGCUCGGCGUUAUGCUGUAUACAUGGCGAAGAGGUCACGACGUGUCGGCCGAGGCCAUGGCGAUUGUCAAACGCGCACUUGACGACAUGCAGAAAUAA